AUGUCUAUUUGUAACAAGGAAUCUAAAGGAGUUCGUAAAUUCUAUCGCAAAGUUUCAGGAGAUGACGGAGUUGUAAUCUGUGUCAAAAACAAUGGACAAUAUGUGUGGAUAUUUCGGGAUGGUUAGUGAUUGGUCACUUGAUCGUGAAAAGAAGUUUGCACUUUCACGCACUGUACCAUCAAAGCAUAUUUAGAUUAAAAACUUCGAUAAUGUAAACAAACUUUAUUAAUUUAAAUAAAUAAAUGCUGACGAACAGUCUUCACUUGGAAGGAAAAUUGUUGUAACUAUUAAAGGACGCAGUGAGAGCAAACGAUAACUCUUUACCCCAGACUAUCAAAUCGAAAAUUAACGCUGCUAAGUAUAACAGUCCAUCUAUUUUCGCUGACGUAAAUGCCCAUAUGCGAAAAAUCCAAAACCUGGUCAUAGCAUAACUUUCAUUAAUUCGCAACCUUUGGGUUUUGUUGAGUGUCCUUAGAAUAAGUUGGACACAUUAAUUAAAAUUUCCAAACGCUUUGUAUUUCUCGCAAGAUGUAAAAAUUGUGUACAUUCCCAUAUUUAAAGGUUCCCCCACACUUGGUGAGAGAUUUAAUCCCGCAAAAGAUUGCUUGGAUAUCGUAGAAAAUGUUCACGAAGCAAAGGAUGGUUUCUAUUGGAUAAAACUUGGCCAACGAAAAUUAGUAAAGGUAUAAAAAAAAUUUAAUUAAGUAUCAAACAACAGAUCCAGAAUGCCCCCACUUCUUAGAUAAUAUGUAGCUAAUUUAACAAUUGGUUUUGUGCUCAGGCGGAAUUGUAGUGAGUAAAGAUCAAUAACAGUGUUCAAUAUUACUGUAUGAAAUACGUUAGCUUGCAGUCAAAUUUCUUUGAGCAUGAAAUAUAAUGUUAAUACGCCUAAUAUAUAACUAGUGAAAAAAAUAUUACCAAUCAAUCAACAAUCAAGUUGCCAACAAAAAUCAAUCAGUAAAUCAAUUACCAGUUUUUAAUCACUACACCAAUCAAUAUAUUAACGAUUUAUUCAAUUAAUCACUAGAUUAAUUUAAUCAAUUAGUCAAUUAUCUACCAAUUAUCGAUCAUAUAAUUCAAUCCAUAGGCGUGGUGCGACACACAUGCAGACGGCGGUGGGUUUAUGUUGACUGGAAUGACGAACAGUCCUGUCACAUGGAACGUUUCAUCAAAUAACACUCCAGUAGAUCCAUUGGGGCCUCCUCAUUGGUCCAGUGAGUUUGGUGACGUCAACAUACAGGAUUUUGCAAUUCAAAUUUCAACCACAAGCAGUUUUAAAGACACAAAGGCACAUUGGUAGGAGAGAAGUGACGCUGUUUUUUGUUGUUUUGCGUCAUAUCGUGUUGUGCCGGCUUUCGUUGUGUCGUCUUCUACCGUAUUGUAUUCAUUUCGAUAUAGUAGUAAAUUUACGACAAAACGACCUAACCUCCAAUUUAUAAGCGAAAAAUAAACAACAUUCAUAAAUGUAUUUCUUUCCAGGUUUUAUAGAUUAAAGCCAAAACGUAAUUUGGGUAAUUUUUUUGGUGUGGGAAGUGGUGGCUGUACAGACGUUCAUUCAGGGAUUGGAGAUGUGUCCUUUGUUAAAGAUAUCCUCACUGAAACAAUGGUUACUACAAAGUUCAACUGCUCAAAAUUUGGACCUCAUUUGCAUGCCAGUUUAGGAUGGGUAACUAUACGUAUUGCCAAUGAUACUUCCAGCACGUGAAUGAUGUCUCGUCCAGUGCUACAUUAUAUUUUACUUAAUUCCAUUUGAUUUCAGGGAAGAAUGAAUUACUGCCUUCGAAAUAAAUGUCCAAUGGGGUAUGCUUAUAUGGCAGGGUUACCAAAUAAGACGGAUAGUUUUGGAUCUUUCAGGUACAUGUUAGGAGCACUUAAUUUCAUUGGAUAUUUCAAUCAAGCUCUCAACAUUAAAUGCAUCUAGCUGUCUAUGAAUGAAUGUAGUCUAGCUUCCAAUCAAUCAAUCAAUCAAUCAAUCAAUCAAUACAAUCAAAAUGAAUAAAAUCAAACACUUAAUCAACAAAAUCGAACGCUCAAUCAAUACUAUCAAACACUCAACCAAAGAACUCAAUCAAGAUCACAAUCAAUACAUUCAAACUCUCAACCAAACUGUCCAUUAAUCAUUUAAAGAAAGUAAACUAUUAUUAAACUUUCGAGAUUACGGAUCGAAAGCUUUGCAAUAAUAAAAAUACGUGAUAUUUCCACAAACCAAAACUUAUAUAAUAAACUAUGUUCAUCAGUAAGAUAUGUACCAUGUUCUAGAGUAAAUCAAAAUUUCAUUAAUAUGGCAUAAUAUUAUUAUAUUGUAUUAAAAUUAAAAUGGUAAGUUCAUUUAUGUUGUACCCUAACGUACAAUUUUUUCUGUAUGUAUAUAGCUACAGUGUGAGUUCUGAACUAUCUGGUAUUACAGAUGAUGCUACUGCAUUUCUUGGCUGUGAUAAUGAUGAGGUAUUUAUACUCAUUGACUGAAUCAGAUAACCAAAAUAUCACAAUACAUAGACGGUAACCGAAGCCUGGUUAGCCGCGGCUGUCGUAGCCGCUGGUGCUGAUGCCGUAGGCUGUCGUGAAAAGCCAUGGUCAUCGACAUGGUGACUGAUUGCAGAAGGCAAAGUAAUGACUAGGAGUUACAAUCGCAAGGGGAAGUGCUGCCGUAUAGCCAUGUAAAAGUUACCAUCUACUGAAACCCAAAUCAUGAAAAUAUGGGGAUGAUAUCACAUUGGAACAGAGAAACUAUUUAUCACAUUCAUUUCAAUCGAAAUGUUGAGAUUGCAACAUUUUUAAAACAAAAUAUCUGAGUAACUGCAAACUCCAUAUAUCGCGCGAAAGACUGGGACUCUGGGAAAACCAUAGCACGUCAACAACGCGACUUAACAUCUCAACAUCUAUUUUGACAACCACGAUUAAUUCAAUUCUAAACUUCAGUUUUAAAGGGUUCCGUAUUUCAUUUAUAGUGCUGUGCAUGUUUUGGUCCAAAGGGUGGACGAGAUCAUUAUUGCAGCAAAAAAUGUCAGGCUAUUAAUGGUGGAACCGUUUUAAAAAGUCAGGUUUACGUUUGGUUUUGGAUAAGAACACGCACGCCUGAACGAUUAUGGAAAAGAUGUAUGGAGUUUAAGAUGAAGACAGACGCUGGAAAAUUUGAAACGUAUUAUAUUGAUAAAAAUACUGGUACACCUCGUAAGGUAAAAAUGUGGAAAGAAUUUGUGUUGAUAGAACCAUAAAGAAAAUUGUAAUGCAGCUACGAAAUAAAUAAUAGAAUUAGAUUUUGUAUAAUUAAUGAAUGUCUAUAAAUCUAGUGUAGGGUAAAAGAUAUUAAAACAUUAGAAAUUCAUAAGGUACGUUAUAUAUAAUUUGUAUUCAUGUGGUAGAAAAUAUAACAACAUAUCUUAAUUCAUAAUACCUAAGUCUAAGGCCUAAGCGGAUUUGUGUAAAAAUUAUGCGUUUGAUGACUGAAGGUACUCGAUGUACUUAUAAAUCCUAGAUAUGCAUGGAGCCACCUGAAAAGUUAAUGGCAAGGGUGGAAAAUUGAGUUUUUUCGCCCAUUUCGCCUUGUAAUUAUAAAGUGCUAUCUUGUAUAAACUUGAACUACCAACUCAUUUAAGCGUACAUAACGUACAUUAUUAGAAACCUUGCAAAAAAAACUUGAUAUAAGACACUGAUUUAAUUUAGCGGACACCUUAAUUGUUUGUCUAAGCCAAUCGUGAUUAUAAGAUGUAGUUUAAACCGGCUAAACAUGGGAGUUUUCUUUUGCAAAUUGUUUCUUCAAAGUUUCUUCAAGUUUUUUUAAUCGAAAAUUAUAUAUAUAUAUAUAUAUAUAUAUAUAUAUAUAUAUAUAUAUUGUUUGUCGAUGCUGACACGUAUCUGAAGAGUGCUCAAUGCAGGUAAGAUUUUGCAGAGCAAAACUAUUAUUAGUGUAGACUAAGACAUGAUAUCUGAAGAUAAUUUAAUAAAACCUAAACCUAUUUACGAUAAAAGUUACUCGAGUUUCACGCACAAAGGCGAUCAUCAGACCUUUGUGCGUGAAACUCGAGUAACUUUUAUCGUAAAUAGGUUUAGGUUUUAUUAAAUUAUCUUCAGAUAUCAUGUCUUAGUCUACACUAAUAAUAUAUAUAUAUAUAUAUAUAUAUAUAUAUAUAUAUAUAUAUAUAUAUAUAUAUAUAUAUAUAUAUAUAUAUAUAUAUAUAUAUAUAUAUAUAUAUAUAUAUAAAAGAUAGCACUUUAACACUAAUAGGCAAAAUCAAUUUUCCAGUCACGGAAUUCAUUUUUCUGAUGGUUCCAGAUGCAAAAAUGUUCUCGGCGAUAUAUAGUUUAGCGUGCUGCCCACAAAGUUUGAAGCACAACUGGAAAAAUUAGACACAAAAUUUCUCCUUUCGUAUAGGGUUCAUGUUCGAAGCAAUUUCAGACAUUCUUGAAUGAAGGUGUAAGUAAUAAAUUGCUAUAUUCUUCAAUAUUUACAUUUUAUCAGAGUCCCAAGGCUAAAGCUAGGCUAAACAGGUUAGUAACUGAGUUGUUGUUCAGUACUGAACUUUUUGUUACCAACAACCAUCUGUUAUCUCUCCACACUCAGUAUAGUAUGGUCCCCCAUGGACGAAUUCUUAAAAAGGUCCUGCAGAGUCCUAUCAUGACAAACAGAUACCUUAUGGAAUGUAAAAAUUUAACUUAUUCCCAAAAGGACUCCCGUCCCUUGCUUAUGAUUCCAUUGAAAAUUUGUAAUUAUUUUAGACAAUCUUAGUAAAAAACAAAGAAAGCUUCAACAAUCUCCCACCAGUGCCAGGACUGCUCUCAUAUCGUGAGGAUAACGAAAAACUUUAUGUGAACAAGGGGAAUAAAUGGGUUGAGAUAGGCAGUGAAAAAGAGGUAGGGUGGCUGAUGUAUUGAAAAUGUUAAUAUGCGGUUUUGAAAAGAUUGCAUGCAUAAAAAGAUUAACAUAUAGUUUUGAGCGACUCGUACCCCACUGUUUACCAUUGAUGAAACAUGCAUAUUUAAUUGUAGCACAACUGGAAAAUGUGCCAGGAUGAACGGUUUGCUCGAACGAUUGCCCUCUUACACGUUUUCCUUAUUGGGAUACGGGUUUGAGUAAAUUGUAUUUAAUAUCUAUAUUUAAAUCAUUUUAGACUGAAAAUUUAACGGCUCAAGUUAAACAACUCAAAGAUAACGUACAAGAUAAAAUCUACCAGCAAGAUGAACAAAUUAAAAUCCUGGAGACGGAUAUCAAUGAGAAGUUGCAAAACCUCAGCAUGAAAAAUUCCCAACAAGACGCACGAAUUCAGAAUCUGGAGAGAAACAUUAAUGCAAAGUUACAAAAUCUUGAAGACAAGUUAAAAAAGAUGGAAACAAAAUUAAACGGCAAGCAAAGCCCAAGCAAACUUUAUCAUAGUAUAAAUACAGAUGUAGUCUGUACUUACGGUGGUUUCCUCGGCGGGGACGCAACCUUUUCAACAACCAUUCACUCGAUUGUUAUAAAACUAAAAUGUAUUUUCACUAAUUAAUCUUAUUCUCUUUUAUUUCAGCAUUGCCAGUUUAUGGUUCAAUGUCAAACCCUGGAAUAUCUUGCAAAGAUAUCCUAGCAAGUUAUAAAUUCGCCAUUUCAGGAACUUACUGGAUCAAGCUCGCGUCCAGCAAACCAUUUCAAGUUUACUGUGACAUGGAGACGCACGGAGGGAACUGGACUUUGGUUUAUACCUAUACCUUUACAAAUUAUAACGCUUUUGGUUCAACAAGCAAUGCCGUAACCCCCCGUCCAAACUGGCCUGCCAUAUGGGCCAAUGUUCCAAUCUCAACCACUCCUCCACUCAAUGAGUCAUCUCUUGGGGCUGUAGACUGGAAUCUUUGGAAGAGCAUUGGACAAGAGUUCAUGAUCAAAUCAAACAUCAAUGAUUGGAUUGUUUGUCAACCAAAUGGUGGAAGUCUGGUCACAAAGAAACGCGGAUCAAUGAGUUGCCAGAAUAUAAAGAACGUGGCAACAGCUUGUAAUGGUGUGGUACCAUAUAGAAUUCAUUGGAACUUAUAUGGACCAUUCUUGAGUGCUUCCGGUACAUAUUAUUACUUUGAUGGAGACACAGGUAGUGACUGGCCAAUACACAAUCCUUGUGGGAAAGCGAAAGGUGGUACAUACGCUCAUCAAAAGAAAGGAGUUUCCAACCCUGGUGGACAAAUCUUUGUUCGCUAA